CGUGGACUUCGCGAGCUUUCCGCAAGCUGGUGAGCGCGUCUCGAUCAAUUAGCAUAUGCCACUUCCUAGCGGGAAUUUUGUUUCACUGAUUGAAUAAAGCGAGAGGCCGCCUUUCUAACCUAAAUUCUAAAUUCUGUCAUGGAUCCGUAUUGCGGGGUAGGGUGAGGAGGGUGAUAACCACGAAUCUCCUUCUCUUUUUGACAGCUAAAAAUACGGUUUUUGAAGAAACGACCGCAACAUCGAACACCUCGACUAUUUCGGAUAUGAUACAGCAUACAUGCAUCCUGAAUCGUUUACGUAGCUUUGUCUCAUAAAAUGCGCGCUUUUUUAUUUCUCACCGCAUCAUGCAUUUCUGUGCGAGCUGUAAUUAGUUAUAUUUGCAUUGGAUAUACAACAUGUCACAUCAUUUUGUCACAGUUUGUGUAGUUUGUGUUUUAUGUGCUGCACAUACACCUUGUUCAGCACAUACUGAAUUCUCAACAGCAGGACAAACAAUUCAUAAUUCUGUUAAUUCUGAAAAGCUGCUAGGACCUAAUGAACAAUUACAACCAUCUUUGUUACUAAUGAAAUCCAAAGAAACACAACAGAAGGAUGUGAAAAAAUUAAAUUUAAAUAACUUAGGCGCUUAUAAUAAUGGUGCUGUUAAGUUUUCUAAUGUAAUAAAUAACAAUAGUGGAAACAAAAUUACUUUGCUGGUGCCAAUUGCCACAAAUGACAUCCAUAUUAAAGAAAAAAAUCCAGAAACUAUAAAAAUUAACAAAAACGUUCAAAAUAAUCAUAUAUCAGUGAUAAAGGAAGAUUCUAUAACUUUGAAAGAUAUAGAAAUAUUAGAAAGAUUAGGACAAAUUGAAAUUGCACACAAUUGUGAAUUGAAUGCAGUACACUUUGAUAAAGAUCAAAAUCCUCUUAACAGGGUCAGAACAAAAAGAAAUGUAGAUAUUUUAGAUGAAAAAUAUUUCAUGAAAAAGAUUUUUGAAGCUUAUGGAGAUGGAACAAGCAUAACAAUGGAAGGUUUUGAAAAGUUGUUAAAAAAAUUAGGUUUAUUUAGAUUAUUAAAAGAUACGUCAAAUUUAGAAAAUCAUAAUAUUGUUACUAGUCAGAAUGAAAAUCCAUUGGACAAGACAAAGAAUUUGCAAAAUAAUGGCCUACCAGAGCAUGAAAAUGGGGUUCAAAGGGAAAGGUGCUUAAAUAGUAAAGAAUUGUUAAGUACUGUUGCAAGAGAUAUGCCAUACAAUGCGAUCACUAAUAAUAGUUCUACAUUACCAAAUUGGCUUUUUGAACGCGUGUGUCCAGCUCUUGUUUACCAACUAGCAGGUGAAUCAAGCUCAGAGAGAAAUGGAUGUAUUCGUGUACCAGAGAAUUAUAAACCAUUAACAGUUAAUAAAUAUCUUGGAGAAGAUGUAACUCGUAAUAUGGUUCAAGUGUGGGCCUAUUCAACAAUCAGUAUUCUAAUAAUCAGUCUUGGUGGUUUACUUGGUGUAGCUGUUAUACCUUUCAUGGGUAAAGUUUAUUAUCAUCAAUUAUUACAGUUCUUAGUUGCACUUGCUGUAGGAACAUUAUGUGGUGAUGCUCUCAUUCAUCUUUUACCACAUGCAAUGAUGUCACACCAUAGCCACGAACAUACUCAUCAUGACCAUGCUGAAUUAGAUUAUAAAGAACAACACAACAUGAAUAUGUGGAAAGGGCUAGUUGCAAUGAUGGGUCUUGCUUUGUUUUUUUUUACGGAGAAAGCUCUAACGAUGUUAGCAGAAUGGAGAAAACUUCGGCAACGUCGUAAUAAGCUUUCGUCACGUGUUCGAGUAAUGAGAGAAACUGAUGGACCAAAUAGUAAUGUUGUUGGAGAGAAACUUUGCAAACAUAAAUAUUCAUCGUAUCCAUAUUGUUAUGGUGAAAUUAGCACAGAUGUUCAAGAUAAUCAUCAUAAUCAUCAACAUAAUAAUCAUGAAAGGCCUCCUGUGAUUGAGGAAGGAAAACCAUUAACAUCAAACUGCAAUUCAGUUUCGAAAAUUAUGACGAAUGAUGUAGAGAAGAAACCAAGCGAGGAUUGGAGAUUAGAUGAUUCAAUUGUAAAUACUAAGAAAAAUGCAGAUGCAGCAGAUAUACCAUUAAAUGAAUCAGAAAGUUAUACUGUUAUUAUACGUGAACAUGAAACGGAACAUCAUGGUCAUACUCAUUCGCAUGGUCAUGUUCAUUCUGCACCUGAAUCUAUGUCAAGUGUUGCUUGGAUGAUAGUAAUGGGUGAUGGAUUGCAUAACUUUACGGAUGGUAUGGCUAUAGGUGCUGCUUUUUCAGCAAAUAUAGCAGGUGGUUUUUCUACAGCAACAGCUGUAUUUUGUCACGAAUUACCUCAUGAAAUAGGUGACUUUGCAGUUUUAUUAAAAGCUGGUAUGAGCGCUAAACAGGCUGUCUUUUAUAAUCUGUUAUCUUCCAUACUUUGUUUGUUUGGUAUGAUAUUUGGUGUAUUAUUAGGGAGUACUCCUGCUAUAAGUAGUUGGAUGUUUGCAGCUGCUGCAGGAAUGUUUAUAUAUAUAGCAUUAGUAGAUAUGAUUCCAGAAUUAUCUUCAAGUCACUCUGCAGAACGUAGCUCUCAAUGGCAAUGUAUUUUGCAAGCAUUAGGGCUAUCAUGUGGCCUUGGAAUAAUGUUAAUUAUAGCACUCUAUGAACACGAUUUUAAAAAUAUAUUCAGUGAUUAA